UUUCUAUAUAAAGCAAGAGGAUCGUAGUUUAGCUGUAGCAUUCAAUGUUUCGUGCCAAACUUGAAGUGAGAAUGAAGAAGAGCCUUUUCGUAACGUUUGCUUUGGCAACAUGUCUGCUAGUGAGUCAAGUGCAGGCAACGACUACUACAGCUGCAGCAACAACAACAACGGUCGCAGCAACAACAACCACCGUUGCUCCUACUACUACCACAACUACUGCUGCACCAACCACCACCACAACAACUGCUGCACCAACCACCACCACAACAACUGCUGUACCAACCACCACCACAACAACUGCUGCACCAACCACCACCACAACUACUGCUGCACCAACCACCACCACAACAACUGCUGCACCAACCACCACCACAACAACUGCUGCACCAACCACCACCACAACAACUGCUGCACCAACCACCACCACAACAACGGCAGCUCCAACAACCACCACCACUACAGCAGCACCAACCACUACAACAACUACGGUUGCUCCAACUACAACAACGACCACGGUUGCCCCGACGACUACUACAACCGUAGCUCCCACCACAACGACGGUGGCCCCUAUCACCGUGACUGUCACCGUUAAUGGAGCAACUGUUAGCGUGUCCUCCUCCAACAAUUCUUUAGUAAACGUAGUUCUUCAGCUUAUCUCAAGUUUGACAGCGACAACCACUACCGUUGCACCUACAACGACCACCACCACUGCAGCAGCGACUACUACGACCGUUGCUACAACAACAGCGGCCGCUACUACCACAACUACUGUUGCUGCUACAACAACAACUACUACUGCUGCUCCCACAACAACAACGACAACUACUGCAGCCCCAACAACAACGACCACUACUACUGCAGCCCCAACAACAACGACCACUACCGUUGCACCGACUACUACCACCACCGCAACCACGAACACCAGAACGUGUGGAACUCGUCCUGCAAUCGGAGGACUGGGAGGAGGCUUCGGUAUUGUCGGUGGUCUUGGACCACUUGGCUUUGGAUUGGGAGUUCGAGGUGGAAUCGGAGGCUUUGGAGCACCACAAGUCGGAGGCUUCGGAAUCCUGCCAGCCGUUGGUAAUGUAGCUCGUACUGUUGUGGGCACUGGAUUGAACGUGGUCGGAUCUGCUGCAAAUUUGGCCGGAAAUGUGGUAGGUGCAGCUGGUAACUUUGCCGGCGGAUUGCUUAGUGGAUUGGGCAAUGCUGCGGCAGGAAUUGGCACUGGAGUCAAUGCAGGACUGAGCGCUGGUAUCAGUAGUAGAGUGGGAGGAGGAUUUGGCGGACGGUACCAUGGAAGCGGUCAUGUUGGAGGAUACGGAGGUUAUGGAGCAGGUUUCGGUGGAGGGAUCCGGGCGGGUAUCAUGGGCUAA